AUGUUUCGUAAUCAAUACGAUCAUGAUGUCAGCAUCUGGAGUCCUCAAGGAAGACUUUAUCAAAUUGAAUAUGCCAUGGAAGCUGUUAAACAAGGAGCAGCUACUGUAGCUGUUAAAUCUAAUACACAUGUUGUUCUUUGUGCUUUAAAACGUGCACCAUCGGAAUUAUCGGCUCAUCAAAAGAAAAUCAUGUUUAUUGAUGAUCAUAUUGGUGUUUCAAUUGCUGGUUUAGCAUCAGAUGCUCGUAUUCUUUGUCGAUUCAUGCGUACUGAAUGUAUUAAUCAUCAAUAUGCAUUCGAUAAACCAAUGCCGGUUACUCGAUUAAUGAAUAAUGUUAGCAACAAAUGUCAAGUUCCAACACAACGUUAUGGACGUCGUCCAUUUGGUGUUGGUUUUCUUAUGGCUGGUUAUGAUGAAAAAGGUACACAUUUAUAUCAAUUGUGCCCAUCAGCAAAUUAUUAUUCAUGCAAAUCAAUGGCAAUUGGUGCACGUUCUCAAUCUGCACGAACAUAUCUUGAAAAAAAUUUAGAUAAAUUGCCUAGUUCUAAUCAAGAUGAACUUAUUAAACAUUGUAUGCGAGCAUUACGUGACACAUUACCCAAUGAAGUUGAACUUACUGUUAAAAAUUGUGCUGUUGCUGUUGUUGGUAAAGAUACACCAUUUACAAUAUUGGAUGAUGCUCGUGUAGGUACUUAUUUAACAGCAAUUGAAGGUGAUGAACGUGCACCACAAGCUCAAGAUGAUACAUUAGUUACUGGCGGUGAUGAUUUACCACCACCACCACCACCUGGUAGUGUUGAGCCACGAACAACUAUUGCUACAGAACGUAUGGAAUCAUAG